AUGCCAAUUAAAAUAGAAGUAAGAACAAAACAAAAAUUAAGAUAAAUUAUUGCAGCUUCAAAAAAAAUAAGAAAAUCAACAAAUGAAUAAUAAGAAAAUGGAUAACAAAAAUUGUCAAUCCCAAUUGUUAAAAAAAAAGAAAUUGAGUAAAUUAAUGAUAAAUCUCAUUCUGAUAAAUUUGGUAUCUAAUUUAUGUUUUGAAUAUAGAUAAAUUAUUUUAUCCAAAUGAACCAAAUUAGUUAUUUCCUCAUUUAUUAUAAGAGAAUAUCAUAAAGAUUAUAAAAUCUUUUGGAAUGUCUACAAAUAUAAAGCAUAUAAUUAAUAACUUAUGUUUUUUUUACUAAAAUCCUAUUGAUCAAAAGAUUUUUGAAAAUUAUCUUUCUUAUGCGGAAGAAAAUGGAAUUAUCUAUGAAAGAUAAGGAUAAUAUUUUGUAUCUUAAGAAUUAAUACCAUAGGUAAUAUUAGAUUAAGUUUUCUAGAUGGAAUAAAAAAAUGUUGUAUUUUUUCAUAAUUAAGAAUUAUAAGAAAUAAAUUUAAAUGUUUUAGCUGAAAUAGAAAAAAAACAGAUUAUAAAUUGA